UCAGAGCUCGACGAGUCGACCGCACUCCGCCAUUUUCUCGACGAAGAUUUGUGCUACAUUUCGUCCAAUAUUCGCGAGCCUAGCAGCAACGCGCGCGCCCUGACUCGCGAAUCGCGUCGCGCCCGCCUUCGUCGAGGUGAAUCCGUCGCCGGGUGCGUACCGGUCGCCGCCGCCCGUGCCGAAAACAUCGAUCCGAAGGAGGCGAAGAGUGUUUGGCUGGCCGCGGCUGUGCAGCAUUCACGGGGCCGCAUCGGCGCGAUGCCCCGCUCCGCAUAGGAGGCCGGCGGGCGACGUGAAGCGCCACAGGCGCCCCCAGCAUACGGCUCGCCGCCCCAGGGAGCGGUGCUCCGCCAGCGAGGCCGCCACCGCCGCAGUCGGCACCACCGUCGCCGCAGCCGCUGCGCAUCCCACCGACGUCGUCGUCCAUUCGCUGCGGUGUUUGUCGCGCUCGCCGAGUGUAUCUGUGUUCGUCGCCGAGUGCAUCGGGGAAGCGAUGUGAAAGCAUGGCAGUGCCACUCCGGAGGGCUGAAGAAGUGUUUAUCGACGCACUGCGAGGAUGACGCACCCAAAUCUGCAGACGAACGGCGCGAGUCUCGAGGAUUGCCACACCAAUUUCUUCGCGCUGACCGAGCUAUCGGGUAUCAAGUGGCGCAAGCUCGUGUGGAGCGAUAACAAUUUCAAUGGGGAUCCCCUGGAGGACCCAAUCCUGCGCGGGUAUGCGCGAUGCCUCGCCGCCGAUAUUUUAUGCGUGUGGCGGCGCGUCGCCACCCCGCAGCAGAGCACCAGCAUGUAUGAAAUCGUCCCGCCUCCGGCGCCGCCGCCUCCGCUUAGUUUGGCAGCUUCCAAGGAGCUGUGGAUCUUCUGGUACGGCGAGGAGCCGGACCUGAUGGACUUGGUCGCGCCAGAGCUACUCAAACAGGAUAGUGACCAGGGUUCGCAGGGAUCAUGGGAGAGCGGCCUGUCGUACGAAUGCAGGUCGCUCUUGUUCAAGGCGCUGCACAACCUCAUCGAGCGCUGUCUUCUGUCGCGCGAUUUUGUGCGCCUGGGCAAAUGGUUCGUGCAGCCCUGCGGGGAUACCAACGAAGGCCACCUCAGUUUCUCGUUCGCGUUUUUCGUACACGGCGAGUCUUCCGUCUGCGCCAGCAUUGACGUACGGCAGCAUCCGCCCGUGCGAAAAGUGCAAAGACAUCAUCUCCAACGCGCUCAGGCUUCCAAUCAGGGCAUACAAGUGAUCCUCGCACCAUUCGGUCUAGCUGGCACCCUCACGGGGAACAGUUACAAAUCUACAUCGGCAGCUGGACCCGAACAAGGCGCACGCUUGCUUGACGAAUGGGCGCAGUUCUACCCGAUUGACCGAAGCGUCUCGGCAAUGACUGGUUCCACGGCUGCUUCGACUCCUGCCCCAUCACCAUCGGACUCCAACGGCACCGCGCCGACAUUGGACGGCGGCGGGCCGUCGGCAGGAUGUUACGGUAAUAUCGUCGAGGUGAUUGUCGGCGGCGUACGUAUGCGAUAUCCCGCCUGCUAUGUCCUCAUCACCGAUAUGGACCAACCCAACGUAGCGAGUGGACCCACUGCUAAUAAUACCACAACCACAACGUCCUCCAUCAAUAAAAGUGCAGGGAGUAUACCAAUGACGCCACCACCUUCGCCUCCCAUGCAAUCAACGUCGUCCACGAUGACGACGGUGCCAAUUGACACGCGCCUUUCGCACCCGGGUCCGUUCGCCGUCAGCACCGUGGCGAACACUGCAUCCAUGCAGCAUUCUCCGACCGCAUCCACGGUGAUACCAGAGCGCGUGUGGCAGGAAUGCAUGCACGCGUACACCACUGGCAAAGAGGAAUCCGAAUGGGAGUACAGCGAUCCGCUGCGUAAAGUCAUUUGCACUUGUUCCAAAUGUAGGAAGCGCUCGUCCGGCGGGCCGGGCGAACAUCGCACGUCAUCUUUGUCGAAGGGGGGCGUCGCCAACGUUGCGCCCUUCCAUUCGCGGCCGCAGGUCGUCAGGUGUCCGGCGAGCGGCAGCUACACUCCGACAGGCGCGGGCGGCGGCGCGCCUCGAACGCAGGAGUCUCUGGUCAUACCGUCGGUGGGCAGCCCGCCGGGUUCGGUAGGUGCGCCCUCACCGCUGCCUAAUCCGCGUAGCGCACAACCUCCGAGCGUGCCGCCCAUCAAAGAAGAGAUUAUGCCAACGCUCUCGCCGCACGAGACGCCAAUGCAUGAGAAACCAGCCAGCGGCGAGGCGGUUGACUGCGGCGAAGCCGGUGAGGACACGCCCAAAACACCGCUGCCGCCGCGCACGCCAAAGACGCCGAAAACGCCGAUGAAGAACGAUGCGAAAGAAGUGGUCGUCAAGGCGCUUAAACGGCCCAUUCUCAUGCCACGGGAGGACGCGCCUGAGGAAGAGGACCCCAAUCUGAAUUUGCUCUAUGACUACUCGACGAUGACAGCGUGGAUUAACCAUCCUGUCAAGCGCUACCGCGGUCAGGAAGACGCCAAUGACUCCUCCAAGUGGCGUAACGUUAAGAACGCCGACCUCUACGAAAUGUACUCGCAAGAAAUCAAAGUGGAGCCACGAGAUGACCCCGUUUCUCCUAGCGGAGGCGGUAAAACCAUGCAAGGCGGCGGCGCCAAACGACCAGGUGAUCCUUACGAAUUCGACGAGGAACUGGAUAAGAAAACAAGCAUCAAAGAGGAAGCGGGUGGUGCUGUUAAAACAUCACAGGAUUCGCUUUUGACCAGCGAAGGCCUCAAAGUAAGCUACAACGAUUUGGACGAGAUCUUCGACAACCAGGACGAAGCAUCGCCUGAAGUCCUGCAAAUGGCCACACCUCCUGGCAGCAAUAAACCGUUGUUGCCUACCGGUGAAGAGAAAAAGUUCUUCACCACCAUGCUACCGCCCGCCGAGCAUCUCGCGCAAAUGUUCCCAACACCGCCGUCGCUCGAGCGGCCAAUUGCCUCACCCCAGCUUGAGAUCACUACAGAUCUAGGCGGUGGCAUUGUUGUCGGCCCGCAAAUCUACCCAGCCAUGGGUAGUCCACGUGAAGAGCACAUCGAGGAUUGGAGUUUUGUUUUUCGGCCGCCGCUGAUGUGCAAGAUGCUCGGGAGCAGUAAAUAUGCGCCGCUCACUAACCUCCCUAGCCAAAACCUUCCGCCUGUCGUUUUACCUACCAACUGCGUUUACAAACCGUCAUGGAUCUCGCGUGAGAUGCAACAACGCGAAGCGCUGCUUAACACACCGGCGACCACCAAUGCCAACACCGAAGAGAAGCGUCCUUGUACGACGGCAAUGCCCAGCAACGCAGCGGAGCUUUUCCUUAAGAACAAAGACUUCUUCGCCGAGAAGCCCUCGCCUGCUACUUCCACAGCCACCAACUCAAUGGAGGAAGCCAUCACUCCGAAUCCCAGCGCAAAUACUAUCGCGCCCAAUCCGGCGCUUGGUCGCGUUGAAGUCAACAGCCUCCUGGUGAACAUCUUGUUGGCCGACACGCUAUUAAACAUCUUCCGCGACCAUAACUUUGAUUCGUGCACGCUGUGCGUGUGUAAUGCCGGCCCCAAGGUGGUUGGCAAUAUUAAGGGCGCCGACGCGCUUAUUUACCUGCCAAACGCCAGUAAUAACUCCGGUUCGGGUAAUUUCCUGGACGCCAGCGGUAUGCCUAGCGAUGACGAUCAAAUUCGCUGCAGCUGCGGUUUCUCUGCGAUUAUCAAUCGACGAUUGGCGCACAAAAGCGGCCUCUUCUACGAGGACGAGAUGGAAAUUACUGGUAUUGCACAGGAUCCAGCGCUGAACGUCGGCAAUGUCAGUCUUGUAAGCAGCAGCGAGAAUUCCAUCAUGGAGCUGAUCCGCGAGCAGUGCGUGGUGAUACAGAACAGUGCAAAUGCGAUCUUUCGGUUGGACACGCCGCGCGAAGAAGCCGCCAACGUCGCCGCUGAACUCAACAUCCUCGAAUUCACAGACGGCAACGAUAUUACCACCAUUGUGCUGGAUCACUACGGCGAUUUGCGCGAGAAUAUUCGCUCCAUGUGCGAUUUUCGCGGUGAUUUCACGCGUCGUAGUCGUGAGACGCCUCGCGACGGUAAAAACUCCAUUCACCGCUGGCCGUAUCUGCGUGCGCGUGGCCCUCAGUGCAACCAGGACAUUGUCCGCGUGAUGCGCUGCCUCCAGCCGCUCUUACAGACCGCUAUUCAAAAGAAGUGUCAAACGCGGCUGUGGGAGCCACCUUCGGCUGUAAAAGGUCCUCUCACCUGGCGACAAUUUCAUCGGUUGGCGGGUCGUGGCACUGACGACCGCUGCGAACCACAGCCGAUUCCCAGCGUUAUCGUGGGACACGAGAAGGAGUGGUUGUCGUUAUCACCGUACGCACUUCAGCACUGGGAGGCUUUGUUACUUGAGCCGUACAGUUACUCCAGAGACAUCGCUUUUGUGGUCCUCUGUCCUGACAACGAGGUGAUUGCAAAACGUACACGCCGCUUCUUCCGAGAGCUGUCCAGCUCGUAUGAGAUGUGUAAAUUGGGACGGCAUCAAGCGAUCAGCAAGAUCUCGCGCGAGGGAAUCGUGCGCAUCAAGAGGGCGAUUCUUCCCGACACCAAAUCUAGCGAAACCGAAGACAUUUCAAGUUAUGCAAGUUCGUGUCGAAAUUCUCUCGGAUUUUUGAGUCAGUUACCGAUGGACAACACGCUUCUCGAUAACUCAUCUCCCGGCAAAGAUGACCUGCUGUUGGAAGCAGGCGCGGCUAUCACAGUUGACAAACCUGCUACUCCACUCACGCCGAAAGCCUCCGAGGAGGACAUCAAAGACCCAGAUCACUCGGCGAAUUCUAGUUUCUCGACGUUGCCCACCACGCAGAUUUCCAGUACGUGUGCGACGACUUUGCAGAGCGAAGAGGACGAACGGGAGAUUCCCGCUGUCGUCGUUUACAUUGUCGACCCUUUCACCGACACCAGCGCACCCAGUGUUAGUUCGUGUCUGUCACUGUUGCGCAACUUUGACUCAGUGGUGCAGAACUUGGGUGAGGCGCACCGCGCGAAUGUCAGCGUGCAAAUCAUUUCACAGGAGAGUGUGAUUGAGCUGGGGCGGGCGCGUGCUCGUCGCAAACGUCACGCCGACCAUAUGCGAUCACUCGCGCUCUCUGUUUUCUCACAGUCGCGAAGACGACUCACGCAUGCCAACAGCGCUGGAAAAACGCUGACAGGUUUUGGUACGGCCGCAACUGCAGAACUUUUUCUCAAAAAUAAAGACGAAAAGAAUCGAGCGGCUUAUAAACUCUACUCGCCGCCGUAUGUGCUCGGUCCGCUGAAGGCAAAAGCUGAAAAUGCCGAGUCUUUUGGCCAGCCGUCGGACGCCGCCUCCAUCUUAUACCUCUCCUACUGCCUGUCUGAGGACCAGAGUUACCUGCUCGCCGUUGCCACCGAUGAGAAGGGCGAGAUUUUCGAGACUAUCGCGAUCAACGUGAACAUUCCCAACCGUCAGCGCCGCCGGCGGUCGCUUUCGUUAGCACGCCGCCUUGGCCUGCAGAAGCUGAUGGAUUUCGUGCUCGGCGUCAUCUCACAAAGCGUCAAACCAUGGCGGCUCGUUGUUGGCCGACUUGGACGUAUUGGGCAUGGUGAACUCAAGGGCUGGUCGUUCUUGCUCAGUCGCAAGAACCUGCUUGCAGCCAGCAAACAGAUCAAAGAGGUGUGCCAGCAGUGCUCACUGAUGGGCCAACACGUGCCGAGCAUCCUCAGCGCAUGUCUCGUCAGUCUGGAACCGGAUAGCACACUGCGGCUGAUGCCUGACCAGUUCACGCCCGACGAACGCUUCAGCCAGAUCAGCGUCAACUCGCAUCUAAAUACGCCGCAGGACGUCACCUGCACGCAUAUCCUGGUGUUUCCAACUAGCGCCACGACACAAUCUAGCCAAACCACCUUCCAAGAACAAAACUCGAUCGACCCGGACGACGAGCUCUUUAAUAUUAACGAUCUAAACGACGAUAUGAAUGAACACUUUAACGAAGACUUUGGCGACAUCUUCAACUGGACGGACAAUGGCGGCGCGGUAACGUCCCCAACGGGUUCACCACGUCGUGACGACUUGAUGGGCAGUCCGUCCGGACUACACGUCAAUCAACCGUCGCCAUUUCCUUCCAAUUCGGGGACGCAGCGCGGCGAGCUGGAAGAGAUUGGUACAGUUCUGCAGCAGCCGCUUGCGCUUGGUUAUCUCGUAAGCACGGCACCCACCGGCAAGAUGCCGCGUUGGUUCUGGGCCAGCUGCCCGCACCUUGAGGGCGUUUGUCCGGCAUUCCUCAAGAACGCUUUGCACCUGCACAGCCCGAACGUGCAGCAGAAUUCCGAGGAGUUUCUGCCCCAAACGGCCAUCACGUCUCACGCGCUUGACUCGCAAUACACGACGGAUGUAUUGAGGUACGUCCUUGAAGGGUACAAUGCACUGUCGUGGCUAGCACUGGAUGACAACACACGUGAUCGCCUGUCCUGCCUGCCGGUGCACGUACAAGUGCUGGCGCGCUUGUACCACACGACGGCGGCGUUCCUGUAGGAUGAGCGCACACUCGCGUAGAACAACAGAAUACUCAUUUUUAGACAAUUUGUAUAUAUUACACUUAAGGAGCGGCGGACUGCGGCUCACGCGAACAAACACGUAACUUAUAUGAUAUGGCCGCCGCGCGAUUAUUUUAAACUCACUCUUAAGAAAUGACCAAUGUUGGCUAGUUAAAUGUGUAAAUAUCGAUGUCAAUUGUUUAGGGAAUUGGGAUACUACCUUUCGUUUUGUUAAUCAUAAAUAAUUAUAUUGUACUAUUCUUGAUUAAUGCAUUAAUAAAUUGACUAUUGUAUAACAGCAAUUGUAAGAAAUUGUAGCUAAUUUGUAAAUAUACAUAAUAAAAUAUGAA